AUGUUAAAUAAAUUAAUUCAAAAACAGCAAGAAUUAGAAGAAGAAGUAGCAUCUCUAAAAGCACAAAAUAAAGAAUUAAUCCGCCAGCAUCUAAUCUUGCGACGACAACUUUUAGAGAAUCAAAUUGUUAUUUUAGAGGGAAUAAUUAAAAGCAAUCUCGCGGUUGGUGUUUACUUAUUAAAAAAAGGAAUAUUUGCUACUAUUGAUGAUUAUAAUAGUUACGUAGAUAAUAAUAAGCGUAUAGAGGAAGUAAUUGCUAACUACCGCACAGAAAUAGUUCAGAUAGAGCGGCAAUUGGCCACUCCCGAGCAGCAGACACAAGUGGAGUUUCCUUCAAAAUAUUACAAAGAGCGAAAUAAUGUCAGUAUAAAACACACUCUUAUGAAAUUAUUUUAG